UCCGGAAAUGAAUUCGUCGGGCUGUUUAACCAAGCGCACAGUAGUUGCUGUAUGGGCAGCCUGUAUUUGUGGAGUAAAUUGUACGUAUUUAGCUCCAGAUGGAGAUAUUAGGGAGCACGUUUGACGACUCGGUGUUUUCGGAGGUCAGAGACCGAGUGUGUGUGUCUCUGUCUUCUUACAGCGCCAAACUGUGUGAGCCAGAGUGGUUUUGUGACAGUGCUGCUCUGGAUACUGAAGAUUCUCUGGAGACGCAGAAAGUCUACAAGUUCAGAGGUGACCUGGCUGUGAGACAAGGAAACUAUCAGAAAGCCUUGGAGGCAUACAGCAGCUGCCUGCAGUGGAUCGCUGACAACAACCUGACCAUUAGACGAGAUGUCGUGGAGGGGAUGGCCCGAUGCUGCACCAGACUGGGACAGAGAGACAGAGCGCUGGAGUUGGCCCAGUUACUGAGCAAAGACGCCUCUAACACCUGUCACCUAACCAGCCUCCUGCUGCUCAAGGUCAGCAUCUAUGAGCAGUUUGGAGCUGUAGGAUCAAAGAUGUCGUCUCUGCAGCAGCUGUGUAGCCUGCUGCCCUUUAACCCCUGGCACUGGUUCAGCCUGGGACAGAUGUGUUUGCAGCUGCUGGACAGAAACAGAACCACAGAAUCCUCCUCCUCUGAGAGCUGCAAAUCAACAGAUGAGCAGGAGGACAGAGAGGGGCAUCAGGAGGAGACCGCAGAACUCAGCGAGGACAGAGUCUGGCUCAAAGCUUGCACUUGUUUCAUCAGGACAAGACUCCUGUUGAGGAUCCUACGACAGCAGCAGUCCUCCUUUGUGCUUCAGCGUAGUGAAAGAGUCCUACAGAUGACAGAAGAGGCGUUACAGCAGCUAAACCCCAGACAAGAAACCCUGCAGGCUCUCACUGAGGUGAUGUCAGAGGACCUGAUCCCAGAGAAGAUGAGGGAGGACUACCAGGAUGGGGAGAGCCUGACCAGUGUCUCUUUGCACAGCUUCAGACAGCGCUGGUGGAACAAGAUCUUACUGACAGGCGUGUUAGAGACUGACGGGCAGCAGCAUGAAACACAAUAUCCUCAUGCUGCAGUGUUGACUGUUUACAAAGGUGAACACAGACAGGAAGGAAGUGAAGAACCAGCUGAAGAUGUUUCAGACAAGCAGCACAGUGAAUGUGGUCGUCAUUAAGCCUGCAGACUGAACCUUCACUAUUUCAUCCACUUCACGGUGAUAAAUAUACGGCAGUGCCUCUGAUCUGUAUCAAACCAUGAAACAAGUGAAUUAUUUUAACUGCUUCAUUUUGUGCUUAACAUGUUUAAAAUGUGUAACAUCUCUGCCAAAGAGGUGAUGUUUUCUAACAGUUUUAUGUUGUUAACAAUCCAUUAAAAUUUGGCUUACAUCCA